UGGGUUGCGCUGUGGAUCUGCAAGGUGAUUGCAUACAGUCUGCCUUGCAUCUUUGAAGCUACAGCAGGUCUUGUAUCUGGUGGUGUUCGAAAAUACUCCCUGGUGCUCGUAAAGCUUGAGAUCCCCAUCAGCCUGUUCUUCUGGACAAUUGUGACCUUUUCUACAACAAAUGUUAUAAAGUACCCUGCCUGGCUUGACACUCUCGGAACUGUCUUCAAAGCUGGAAUUAUCGUCGCAGCCAUCUGGGUCAUUCAGAAAACAUUCAUUCAACUCAUCGCGAUCAACUAUCAUCAUAAGCAAUAUGCCGAUAAGAUAAAAGAAAGCAAGAGUCUUAUCAAGCUAUUGGACUGGCUUUAUGAUGCCUCACGCACUCUCUUCCCCGAGUGCUGCAAAGAAUUCGAGGAAGAAGAUGCUGAAAUUCAGGGCAAUGCUCUUGCAGAAGUCAGAGAAGCUCUGGGCAAAGCUGGUGUCAAUCAGAAAGUCUUCAGCACGAUGGGACGUGUCCGCGACAAAGCGACUGCGGCCUUCGGAGCCAUGGCUUCAGACAUUGCCGGCAAACAAGUCUUCGCAACCUCCUCCGCGCACGCGAUUGUUAUCGAAGCACUCGAAACAGAACGAGCUUCAAAGGCGCUGGCUCGCAGACUCUGGUUGUCAUUUGCUGGCGAGUGCAGAGACGUGCUCUACAGAUCCGAUCUUCUUGAGGUCGUGGGUGCGUCCCGCGGAAGCGACGUCGAGGAAAUCUUUGGCCUUCUGGAUCGAGACGGCAACGGAGAUGUCAGUCUUGAUGAGAUGGAAAUGCUUGUCGUGCAAGCCGGACAAGACCGUAAGAAUCGGGCCAGAUCCAUGCAGGACAUCGGCCAGGCAAUCGCUGUCCUCGACCGCCUCCUGGGACUGGUCGUUCUGAUUGCCAUCGCGUUUAUCUAUGCUACCUUCUUCAGUAAGACGUUCGCCGCAAAAACUACACAGCUCUGGACGACGUUUACGGGAUUGGCCUUUGCCAUUGGAGGAACAGUUACCGAGUUCCUAGGCGCCUGCAUCUUCUUGUUUGUCAAGCAUCCUUACGAUGUUGGCGAUCGGGUCGAUAUAAGCGGCGUACAAUUGGUGGUCGAGCGGAUCUCGUUGAUGUACUCUGUCUUCCGCCGCAUUGAUACGAACAGCGUCGUUCAGAUCCCACACAACAUCGCCAACACACUCUGGAUCGAGAAUCUCAGUCGCAGCAAGGCCAUGAAGGAACGUCUGACGAUCUCGGUGGCCGCCACGACAAGCACAGAAGAUAUUCUGGCACUUCGUGGCGAGCUUUACAAAUUCGUCACUUCGCCAGACCACAAGCGAGACUUCCAGCCAGAGUUUGAGAUUGAGCUGAUCAGCGUCGGAGACCUUAAGCAGCUUGACCUGAGAGUCGAGAUUAGACACAAAUCAAACUUCGCCAACGAGAGUCUUCGCUCUCACCGGCGAAACAAAUUCAUGUGUGAGCUCCUCGCAAGCAUGCGUCGCAUUCCCAUCGAGCCCCCCGGGGGCUCUGCGCCGCCAUUGGGUGAUCCGGCAAAUCCGUCGUACAGCUGUACUGUGUCUAAUCUGGAAGCUAUUGCUGCGCGAGCCAGGAAAGCCGAAGAGGUCGACGCUGCUCGUCUUUUCCCGGCCAACGGGAUUUAUUGCUGA